AUGGACAUGUUGCUAAAUCAUCAAUCUCAAAGUACAAUUUCUUCGCAUUAUGGAGAAUUAGCUAGAAAGGCCGAGGCAGAAAGGUCCUAUGAUCCUCCUGGUGAAUUCUCAAAAUAUGGUAAAAGACAUGAUAAUGAUUUUGCAGACAUUUCAAAUAUUUCGGUUAUCCCUACAAAAGAGGAAGUUUUGUGUGAUCGUGAUCCCUUUUUACCUUGUUUCCUUCCAAAUGCGCCACAUUUUUUACCUAAUGGUGCCGCUAGGUUACUUGAUACACAAUUUCGUUUAUUAAGAGAAGACAUGUUGACUCCCAUUCGUGGAAGUAUACAAAGCCUAAUAGACGUAUUAUCACAGGGGUUGAACAAUACUUCUAAUAAAAGUAACUUAUCUAAAGGAUUGAAGAAAAUUAGAAAUGAAUAUGCAGACCUUCAUGUAUAUAAUGAUGUUGAAUUUGUUGAUAUUACUUGUAGCAGGAGGAAUGGAAUUGAAUACACUUUAAGGUUUACUCCUCCUAAAGUUCGCGGUUCAUAUUACGAUAGGAAAACAUAUUGGGAGAAAAGUCGAAGAUUGCUAAAUGGUAGUUUAAUUACCCUGUUAUUGCCAAAUCCAGAUGCAAAACGAAAAAAAAAAAUUACUACCACCGGUGGUGUUACAUCUAAUAGUAGUUCUGAGAAGUAUUUGAUUUUCUUUGGAGUAGUAGUAUCAAGAAAUGAAAGGGUUUUAGCCAAACAUCCCGAUUACGUUGAUUUAGGUAUCAGUUUUACCGAUCCAUCCAUUUAUCCUAUUGCAUUAGAUGAAAUUUCUUACUCUUAUAAUAUGAUAGAAAAUUCUAUAGAAGAAAGAUUUAUGGUUGAAUCAACCGGAGUUUAUUUCGAAGCUUACAAUCAUGUUCUUAACACUAUUAAAUCCACAAAGCCUUCUUCCCUUCCUUUUGUAAAAUAUUUUGCUCCUAUUUCUGAUCGUUUUCAUUAUGAUGUUGAAGUUAAACCACCAUUGUACGCUAGGGCACCUGGAUUUCAUUUUGAUUUGUCAGUUAUAUGUGACAGAAGGAAACCGUUAACAUUAAAUGUUGAAAAUAAAAGCAGCUAUGAUGAAGUAGCAAAAAAACUUAACAAUUAUUGUAGAUUAGAUCAAACUCAAGCGAAAGCAUUAAUUCAUGCUUUGACACGUGAAAUUGCAUUAAUUGAAGGUCCGCCAGGUACUGGAAAAACAGUAGUCGGUGUUGAGAUAAUGAAAGUAUUGUUGGCAAAAGAAAAUCAUAAUGCAAAUAUUGGUCCCGUUCUCACCAUAUGCUUCACUAAUCACGCCCUUGAUCAAUUCUUGGAGCAUUUACUUGACGCAAAAAUAACAAAUAUAGUUAGAUUAGGCACGCGAACAAAAUCUGAAAGAAUAGAAGAAUAUACACUAGAAGAAGUUUGCAAAAAACGUUCCGAUAAACAUAGCAAAGAAGUAUCCCGUUCAAUAGCAGGUUUACAUCAAUCAUUAGAAAGUAUUGAACAGGAAAUUGAUGUUGUUAACUAUAAUUUAUUCAAAAGAUGGAUGAGUUGGCAAGAUGUACAAGCACACUUGAUGACGAAUGAAAGAACAUUUUAUGAUAAGUUUAAUCAUGUGUCCAAUAACGAACUACCUUCUUGGGUAUUAGGAGCUAACAACAGGGAGGAGGUGGAUUUUAUCUCUGCUCAAAAUAGAUGGAAUCAUUUACACACAUUCGAGAAAUGGUUAAGAUGCAUGGAUUAUAUAAUAAUUAAAAGAAGAAAGGAAGCCUUGUCACGUUCACCGAUAAAGUUCAGUUAUGACUCAACGAUUGACUAUGAAACUAUUCGAUGGAUAAUAGAUUACGAAGAACCUGAAACAGAUCGUCCUUUAUAUAUGUUAUUGUAUACAAAUUCAGUUUGGCAAAUGUCAAGAAUCGAAAGAAGAAAACUUCAUGAUUAUUGGCGUGACAAAAUUCAGGAAAAAUUUAUAGAAAGGUUAUCCAAAUUAAAAAAUAAACAUGAUAAAAAACGUGAAGAAUUGAAUUACAUUUAUGAUAAUGAACGUCAGAAGACAUUAAAAGAUUGUGACGUUAUUGGUAUGACCACAAAUGGCGCAGCUAAAUUUCAAAAUUUAAUUAGAUCUAUUGGUCCUAAAAUUAUCGUAUGUGAAGAGGCUGGAGAAGUGCUUGAAGCUCAUAUCCUUAGUGCGUUAAGCCCUGCAACACAACAUAUCAUAUUGAUUGGAGAUCCAAAUCAACUCCGACCACGAAUUGCUACUUAUUCACUUAGCUUAGAAUCAAAAGAAGGAAAAAAUUAUCAAUUGGAUAAAUCAUUAUUUGAACGGUUAGUUAAUGGUGAUAAAGCAGCAAAGAUUGACAAGGUUCAACUUUUAACUCAGAGACGAAUGAGAAAACAUGAAAUUUCUGAUCUAAUUAGAUAUACAAUUUAUCCAGAAUUAAUUGAUGGUGAGAAUACUGCAAAUUAUUCGAAUAUUCGUGGAUCUCAACAAAAUGUAUUUUUCAUCGAUCAUAGAUAUCCAGAAGAUGAUACUGGUGGUGAUUUUGCAACGCAAUCUCAUGUGAAUAAAUAUGAAGUCAAAAUGGUAGUGGAGAUGGUAAAACAUUUUGUUAGGAAUGGAUAUACUAAACCUGAAGAUAUAGCCGUAAUUACUCCUUAUUUGGGACAAAUGAUGAAAAUCAAAGAAGCUUUAGACGAUUCAUUUGUUGUAGUCAUUGAUGAGAGAGAUGCACAAAGUCUUGCUGAAAUGGAACAAGAUGAUGGUAAAGUUGAUAAAAAUGAAAAGGUUGCUCUAGAAAAAUCAUUACAUCAACAGGUUACUUUAAGAACCGUUGAUAAUUUCCAAGGUGAAGAAGCAAACAUAGUCAUCAUUUCUUUAGUUCGCAAUUUUGCUGGAUUUGGUAAACGUGAUACGAUUGGAUUUUUGAAAAGUACAAAUCGAAGUAAUGUGCUACUUUCACGUGCUCGAGAAGGAAUGUAUCUUAUUGGUAAUUCUAAAUUAAUGGCAGCAAAAUCUAAAAAUAUGUGGACUCCAGUGAUUAAUAUGUUACAAUCACGAAAUCCCCCACAAAUUGGUUUUGGUUUUCCAAUUAUAUGCAAUAAACAUCCUGAUUACAAAAACAUUAUUGAUGAUCCUGAACAAUUCGCAAAAGUUAGUCCAGAUGGUGGAUGCCUGAAGAAAUGUCGUAUCCCACUUCCCUGUGGACACCGGUGCACUUAUAAGUGUCAUUCAGAUGAUCCUGAACAUAUCGGAAUUCAAUGUCUUCAUCCUUGUAAAAGAUUACUUCCAAAAUGCAAUCAUCCAUGUACAAGACUUUGUUUUGAAAAUUGCGGAAAUUGCAAUGUUAUUAUAGGCGAUAUUAUGUUAACUGACUGUGGACAUAUUAUAAAGAAUGCUAGAUGUUGGCAAAAACACAAUAAAGAUACCGUUAAAUGUUUGACAUAUGUUCGAAAACAAUUUACUAUUUGUGGACAUUCAAAAGUCGUUCACUGUUAUGAAUCUAUUGAUGAUGAUGUUCAAUGUGAAAGUUUAUGCGGAAAAACUUUGGAAUGUAAUCAUAAAUGCUUAAAUGAAUGCUUUAAAUGUCAAGAACUUUCGAAAUCACAAAAUAAACCCCCCGUCAAACGAGCAAAACAUAUAAAUUGUAAAGAGAUAUAUAAAGGACUAAACUUUUGUGGAAAU